CGGGCUGCAAAGGUCGGCCCCAGGUCAUCAAUAGCGCCCCUUUUCAGCAGUAUUACCGGUUUACGGGUAUGCAAGUGUGUACGCCACCAAAAACGUACCGCCGGCCCACUGAUGACUAACUAUCUAUGCCAACACCUUGCUUUCCCACGAGCAGCUUUGACGUCAAGCUGGCUCCCUUUGCCGAGCUAGCUGGUCCUGAUGCUGCUGCUGCUGCGUCUGGCGGCCAGCCACCACCGGAGCAGGUGGCCAUGGACGUGCGCAUCCAGCCGCACACGCUGGGCUACAUCCUGAGUGAGGAUGCCCUGGUGCUGGGUACCGGCAGCGGCGGCAGUGGUGGUGGUGCUUGUGGUGGUGGUGGUGGUGACAGCAGUGUGGAUGGCGGCAGCGGCGGCCGUUGUGGCAGCGGCGGUGCUGCUUGUGGUGGCAGCUGCUGGGGCGAGUCAGCGGCGCUGGAGCCGAGAAGGGAGGUUCGCAUCCAGGUUCAGGCAAACGCGCCUUGCAAGGAGGGCGGCUGCUUCCCCAGCUCCCGUACUGCUGCUGCUGCUGCCACUCCUGCUACCGCCCCAGCCGGCCCCCCUGGCACAGCCCGGAUCCACCGCCGCAACCCGCAGCGCCCCACCCCGCCGGGUACCCCCCUCGAUGUCACCUCCCGCCCUACACUUGGGCAUACACACGAGGUCAGCAGCAGCAACCCCGCCGCCGGCGUCGCAGCAGCAGCCGCCGCUGCCCCGCACCUCUCCUCCUCCGACACCUUCCCGCGAUCCUGCGGUUCAGCCGCAACUGAGGCCCUCGUUGUUACCGCCACCGCCACUGCCACCGCCGCCGCUGUCAUUACCCCUGACGUCAUCACCCCCAGCACGGACGGUGACCGCCGAACUGCCGUACUUGUUGCAUCAAGCUCCGAAACCAACCACCAAGCAAUCGGCCUUGACGGCUUCAACAGCAGCCCCAACAUUACCCAAAAAGUUGAAAUUGAAGUCCCCCCAGGUGGCUGCCCUCACAUGAGCUUGUCACGCGACAUGCCCCCCAGAACGCGUGCCGUACCCAUCUUCACACGGACCCUCACACGCGGUUCUCCCCAGUCUCCCCGCUCUCCCCGCCGUACGACGACUGUACGACAGCAGCGUUUGCGUGCCGCCGUACGUCCGGAGGAUCUGCACCCCCUGGCGGCGAUGAACGCCGCGUCCUUGAGUGGCCUCACCUCACCCGCCUCCUCACUCGCUCGCUCUGCCAGCCCUGCAGCAGCUAGGGAAGGAGCAGCAGCAGCAGCAGCAGCACCGAGAACAGAAGCGGGAGCGGGAGCAGCAGUCGAAGAGGCAGCAGCUGGAGGCACAGGGGGGGCUGCUCGCGAUGCCACCAUCUCCGACAACCACCGUUACCCCUCAUCGCCCUCCUUCCCUCAACCGCAUCAGCAGCGUCCGCAGCCACAGCAGCAGGAGCAAGGCGGCUGCGGCGGCCCUGCUGCUGCUGCUGUUAGCGGCCAGGUGCCCUGCAGCCGCCCCCGCGUUGUGGAUACCUUUGUGGGGCGCAGCAGCGGGGGGCAGCUGGGCUCCCCCGCCGUGCUGCUGGUGGGCAGCAGCUGCUUCAGCCAGCUGGACUGCCUGGUAGCGGCCAUCCGUGCGGCACCCGUAGGCCGCUCCGCACACCUCCACAGCUGCUCCAUAGUAAUCCUGGAUGACAGCAGGAGCAGCCCGCAUAACCCCUACAAGGCUGCCCUGAGUGAGGGCAUGCUGUCCGCCGUGUCCCAGGUUCCGGGCGCCCGCCCCCACCGCAUCUUCGUCGUGCGGGGGGACCCCGCGGAGGAGGAGGACCUGGCGAGACUCAACCUGCAGCCCGGAGGGGAGGUCACCGCGCUCAUUGUGCCCAGCACGGACGCCUACACCGGCGAGGCGGCCGAGGGCGCAGCUCCCGCCCUGGGGGACAGCCGGGUGCUGCUGGUGGCGCAGGCGCUGCGGCGGCACUGCGACAAGGUGGGAUGUCGGCUGGACAUUGUGGCGGAGGUGCUGUCGCAGCUCUCCUGCAGCUACCUGCUGCCGCUGUGCCUGCCUGAGGGGCCCUACACGGGCGGUGGCGGCGGCGGCGCUGCCGGCAGCGACCCGUGGGUCCGUCAGCUGGUGCGGCUGACGGCUGAGGGGCCACGUGAGGCGGCGCUUCUCGCCCGACCUAGGAUGCUGCUGGAGCCUGCUGGGGAAGGAGGUGAUGCUACUCUUGAUGCUACUGGUGGUGGUGAUGGUGGCUGGAGCCAAGGAAAUGAGAAGCCCAGGCCGGCCCGAGCCAGCCUCGCUCGCCAGGAGGCCCUUGUGCGCCUCCUGCUGUCUCGUAUGCCGCACCUCUCGCCCUCGCUGGCGCCCGGACGCAUCCUCAUGCUUGGCUUCAUGGACGCCCUGACCUGCCAGGCGCUGUUCAACCCCAUGGUGCUUCAGAUCCUGCUCAAAAUGCUGUUCUGCUGGGACCAGGAGGCCCUGACCGCGCUGCAUGAGCACGUGCGGGAGCACCCCGCUCCAGCUGCUGCUGCUAUCCCUGGUGCCGCUGCUGCUGCUGCCACUUGCAAUGCCGGCACCAGGAUUCCUGGACAGCAGCAGGCAGGGGAGCAACAGCGCCAGCAGCGCCAACCCAGGGCAGCUGAGGUGGUGAAGCAAACCUUACCCGCGCUGCCGCAGAUGCAGCAGCUGUUGCCACCGACGCCGUCACCUCAGCAGGAGCAGCAAGAGCAGCGAGAACAGGAGGUAGCCGUCUCUUCUCAUCCCUUACGGCAGUUUGCCGUACCGCUGCCUCAGCAGCAGCAGCAGCAGCUCCCAUCGGACGCGUUUCAGCAGCUGCCGGAGGCUCCGGCAGCAGCAGCCGCAGCCGCAGCAGCCGCAGCCGCAGCCGCAGCAGCUUGCGUGGGCAGCAACACUGGCAUUAUCACUGCUACCGGUCCUGGAGCGGCGACGUCCGCUCGUGUCUUUUCUUUCAACAUCAUGGACUUGCUUAGCCAAGUGAAGGGCCUGGAGGCCAGGCUGCGUGCAGCUGACCCAUGGGUCAGUCACCAAGGCAGUGCCCCCCCGACGCCGGGGCAUGACUCAGUGAGCCAACAGCAGCGACAACAGCAACAACUAGAAACACAACCGUCAAAAUGUAGCAGCAGCUGCCAUAGCAGCAUCAGCGGCUGCCUAACCUUUGGCGCCCUGUUUGAGGUUCUUGUACAACAGUACGACAUGAUUCCCAUCGGAUUGUACCGCAGAGAUGUGGGCGUUGACUCGCACGUGCGCCCUCAUCGCCGAUGCACUCCCGGCACAUGCAGUGGUGGCGUGGCAUGGGGCGCGUGGUUUGUUGGCCGAUGCCACACGGCCCCUUGCAGUGGUGGAGUUUCAUGCGUUAAAAGCCCAGGGUGUGAAGAUGUGGGCUUUGGUGGAGCUAGUGAUGGCGCUAGCCGUACGAAGCUGGGUGCUGCUGGGAUGUUGGGCGAUGGUCUGGAAUCCGUAGCUUCGUACGGAUCUGGAUCCGGGAUGCCGUACGUGUAUACGAAGCCGGCGGCGGAGACGUUGCUCCGUUGCUCGGAUGACGUGUAUGUGCUGGCGUCGCAUGCUACGGUGCUUCGGUGGAUGCGGGAGACAUGAGAGGGCGUUGAUGUUGGUGGUGGGGGUUGGCGUCUGGUGCGACGUUGUUGCAGUUGGCGGUUGGCGUUGGUUCGGAGUUGAUGGUUGGUUAACGUGACGGCGAGUAAGGAGGGCUUGCCGAGGUCUUCAAAGUGCCUGCACUGUAAAUUGGGGCGGAGUUAGAAGCACCACACGCGCGCGCGGUUUACUUAGCUAAUCGCAGCAUGGUAAACAAUUGUUUCAAUAUAGAACCGGGAUUGAUUCUUGCACCGUUCCGUGGAUUAGCGUAGCCAAAGAUGGUAAUGAUUGAGACUGACUGAUACAAUGGGAACAGGGUAACGUUGGGCCUUCAGGCUUGCGGGCGCCCUGACACGUUGUCAGGAUUCGUGCCUAUGCGCCAGUUUCUCACGCCUUCCUGGUUUACUCAUGGGGUGUUUCGGUACUGCUACCCUUACUGUAUCAUUGCGCGGCAUAAGGGUGCAGGACUAAGCGUGUGUGGGUAUGUUUCUUGCGUGAUCUUGCGACUCCUCUGCGUCUCUCCGCGUCCAGAAACGCUGGGCCGCCUGUGAACUACCUUGACCUCGUAUGCGCCGCUUCGGAAUCGUGGCCAGCGCAUGACUACCGGUAUGUGACAAUGGUUGAGCAAGUGACACCGGUAUAUGCCGCGUGUUUCGCCUUCAGUUUCCUUCGGAGGCGCAAAAGGGGUGAAGUGCAUAUACGUUAUUCGGCAUCCGCCGCUAAGCUUGGUAUUAAAAACUGAUACCGGCACUGGGUGGAUGGUGCAUUGCUGCUCCGUAACUAGGUCCCCAUGGUUUUCUGGUUUUUAGAUAACAGGUAUUGCUUACAGGCUCGAUGUUGUUUAAUUAUUUCGCUGGGUAUCCUGCAAAGCAUACAGCGUGACCCUUAGUAAUAUUACAAUGGGCGGCUGACCAUUACACGCUGCCGGGGUCGUGACGUUACAUGUAAGGUAGCAAAUUUGGACACGGUGAAUGCUUGCAGUCGAGUAGACAGGUCGUCUUCGCAAGGUUGUACAGUUUAAGAUUUGCCGCAAACGACGCUCUCAUCCAAAGCGCGUCGGCAUGCCCAUUACAUUUGCAACAUAAGCACUACAACUGAUCCAGUACCAUAUCUUGGUGAGAUAGGGCCUCUUAUGGAAACCCUUUUUCCUCCUAUCGGUUCUUUCAUCGCCUAUUCGCCCCGGUUUCCUACGUUACUUGUCCAUAAAGGCUCUUUUCAAUUUGACAUUGUCUUCCUUAAAGGAGCGCGGGGACCGGGCUUUACGUGUGCAACGUAUUCCGUAAAAACAAUUACGACGGGUCAGCCCGCAUUCAGCUGUUAGACGCCCAUAACAGUACAGCGGAAUGGGCAACUGUAUUGGAAGCAAGAAACCGAAGGUGGAGGUCCCUGCAGAGGUAAUACAUGUUGUGGCAGUCGCAGCCACCGCGCCAAGCAGAAAAGAAGCGCGGCCUGCGGAGACUGAUCCAUCGUUCCGAGCUAAAGCCUUGUACCUUGCUGGGAGCAAGAGCGGCGCUGCUGCGCUGAACCUCAAUGACAAAUUGGCACUUGCCAUGGCUCUGGCGGGCGGCGUCGAGGAUAGGUCUGUGCGCGGUGUUCGUGACCGGAGCAUAAUGUCCCGACGUCAGAUUUUGCUUCGGCAAGAGUCGCGAGUGCGGAGAGAGGAUACCGCCCCCGCGGGCCAUUGGCGCCGUGCCUCCGUUACCAUGGCCAGCCCCGUAGAAGGCUUUGAAAUUGGUAGACCACGCCGUGCCCAAAGCUAUAUCCUGGCUACCGCCCAAAGCCAUGGCAGCAGCGUAAACGUUCGGAGCGCAGACGAAGCAGCAGCGGCGGCAAUUGCAAUUAGCAAAGCGCUAAGAUUCCAGUCAACCUCGGCCCAGGCCACAUCACGGCAACAGGAGCCCUUGCAACAGCAGCAGCAGCAGCAGCAGCAAGGCCUUCAGCAAGCUCCACUGCGUGUGCGGGCCCGCGCCUCCUCGAAACCAGCAGUGGGAACAGGCUCUCCAGGCGCUAUCCUCCGCACCAGUACGGCACCUCUUGAAGAUCGCGAUUCCUCGGGCUCCCGAAAAGCUCCUCUCCACCUGCGGUCUCGAACGAAUUCCGCGGCGUUGAAUGCUGCAGAGGAGAGCCUGGUGGCUGGCGAGGGCAGUGGCAUCGAGACCUGCAGCUCUACACCACUGCAGUCAGCGGCAGCGGCGGCAGAGGCAGCAGCAGUGCAGACAACAACGCCUGUAACGACGGAGGCACUUGCAGGAAGGCCAGAAGUGGCAGACCGGCCGCCCUCCAAGUCCCUUGCAGCCCAGCUGCGACAACAUCACCAGCAGCAGCAACAGCAGCAGCACGACUCACGCAGCUCAUCGCAAACACAACACAGCCCCGCCUAUGCGGAGCCAUCCGCCGCAGCGGCCUCGUCACUCCUGGAUUCUCUACCUCUCCGACCCACCCCAGCAAGCAGUCCGGGGGCGGCGACAGAGGCAGCACCCCUACCAAUACCCGGGGUGGACUCUUGGGGUGUGCUCAGUAGCCCCAGCGGGGCGGGGACCCGGGGACCGCCAACGGGAACAUCGCCCGUACAACCCCCACCAUCAUCACACCCCCACCUGCUGCCGCCAUUAUUCCUGCAGCUUGUUCCUCGGCGGCUGGGGUCCCUAAAACUCAAUCGAAUGGGCUCAAGGGGGCGCAUUGUUCCGGAGCCCCCGACUCCUCCCCUCUUGCUGACAUACCCCAUGGCGCCAUCGCCAACGCAGCAGCAGCAGCCCACGUCAAACGCAGUAGUCCGGGCGGAGCCUGCCGGGGAGCCUGCUGGGCAGCAGUGCAUUGGGGUGCAGGCUGCUUCCAUGGUUUUGGAUGCUUGACGACCCAUGGGUCAUCGACUCGGAGUCUGCUGCCGUCGGGGCGUUGGAAUGAAGGGAAGAUGAGGCGGAGACAGAACGAAAGGCACUGCCGGCGGAGCGAGAUGCUUAUAUUACCCGUGUGUUAACUGGUAUGUUAUUUGAAAUGUCAUUAACCGUUACAGUCUGUACGACAGUUACUGAUGGUGGAAGAAGGGGAUGUCGGCGAGCUGUAUACUCAGGCCUUGCAGCGUUCCUUUGGCAGGGUUGGGGGUGAGGGCAGUGCGGCGACGAGGACACAUGCAUGCAGCGACUGGAUAGCACCCUGCCGACCGCUGGGAGUAGGGUAAGCUUCAUGUGCCUUGAGAACACAGGCACGCUUGACGCUACGAGUUGAAGAGCAUUGAAAGGAAGUUCUACCUGUGCGCUGGGUUGUGAGCUGGUUAGGUUUGUCACAACCAGCAUCGGAUUGGCAAGCUUACACGGAACUGGUACGGAAAAUUGACCCCUCUGGACAAGGGUGCCUUUUCGAACCGCCUUACCUAAAACAAUCCCCUCACUUGGAAGAGUAAAAAGUUGAACUAACGUGUGAUGGUCCGUUUGAACGCGUUGUAGAAGCCGCGUUGUAGUUAUUACGGAGAGUACCGGUAUUGCUUUGGAUUCCAAGCGUGUGGUUUGGGUGGUGCUAUUACUUCCCUGCUUUGUUGCUACGCUAGCUUUCAAUGCUAGUGACAAUUUCCCGCCAUAGCGGGGUUAAUUGCCACUGAUGAAGAUGACCCAUGGGUCAGUUGGAACGGCAGCGAUUUGCGAUCCUAUUUACUGAUGACUCCUGUUGGUUUGGACCCCUUGCAUGUGUGUCGGUCGUGAGGCGAACGCCGUAUUGUGCAGUUGCUACCGCAGAUGAACGGUUGCUGGUUUGUUGUGCGUCUUCUUGCAUAUACGGCACUGUAUCCAGGUGUUUUAGUCACUUGCACUUUUAUAUAGCAGCAGGUCUUGGGCUCGUGAAGGGGUAAUCCUUCGGUGUCCCCUAUAUAUUUUAUGACCGCGUGAGUCGCCUGCAGCCCAGAGGCUGUAUCAACACCAUAGCCCAGCAGUGGCUAGAUAGUGUCACUCUGUCACCAAACUUGUGAACUGUACUGGGUUGCACUAGUACUAUUGGGAGUGGGGGCGGGUUCACCCCGGCUUUCACCGCCGAAGUGGACCCCUGAUGAGGCACCCAUGCAUAAUAAGUGACUGUGAUGGAGGCCGGCAGGCAGGGGAGUAGUGCGGUGCUAGCUAGCUGGGGCGUGGGUAGCUACAUACACAUGCGUACUCCCCUUCCCUUGCGUUUAUACACUGUGCUUUACUUGCGAAGCCUGAUGAUGAUGACCUAUCCUGUUAACGUUACUGCCUGGUCGGGUUUGUUGGUGAUGUGUGGGCCGAGCGAACUCCAACGAUCUGCUGGGAUUAGAUAGGCCCAACUGUCUAAUAACUACCUUUAACUGACAGCUUUACUGCGUUGUUGAGUCUAUCCUACUGCUUAUUUAUGUUUACUGCUUUGUCGUUAAAUUGAUGAACUGUGGGUGCCUGACGGGCUUGCUGAUAAAGGGUAACCGCAAGCCGCGUCCGUGUGUUGUGAGCAGCAGGGAGUUACGUGCGGGCGUUGCUCUUAAUGAUCUGAUGCGUUGAGGUGCUGUCAGCAAAACAAUGUACGAGUGCAGAAGUUGAGAGGGGCAAUCAGGCAUCUCCCUGCAGACGUGCACCUCUGGUAUGUGGGUCCU